CUCAUUUUGCGCCAUUUUGUCCGCAACACAGUGUUGAUUGGGUUUUUGAGAUCUGUAGUGGAGCCAAUCAGAAGGGUACCGGACAACGGGAGAAACGAUUAAGUGAGGAGUGAGCACAGAUGGAGCACUAUACAGCUACAACAACCAGCGGAGACCAAAUAGUGGUGCAGGCUGCCAAUGGACAAAUACAGCAGCAGGCUCAGGGCACCGUAACAACAGUACAGCUGCAGACAGAAGCACCUGUUGCUACGGCAACGGGCCAGCAGGUGCAGACGCUCCAGGUAGUCCAGGGCCAGCCCCUGAUGGUGCAGGUGAGUGGCGGGCAGCUGAUUACUUCGUCGGGUCAGCCUAUCAUGGUGCAGGCCAUGUCUGGUGCUCAGGGGCAGACCAUCAUGCAGGUGCCUAUGUCUGGAGCUCAAGGCCUUCAACAGAUCCAGUUGGUUCAACCGGGUCAGAUUCAGUUGCAGGGAGGUCAAACGCUGCAGUUGCAGGGUCAGCAGGGCCAGCCUCAACAGAUCAUUAUACAACAGCCCCAGACAGCCAUCACUGCAGGCCAGAACCAGGGCCAGCAGAUUACAUUACAGGGACAGCAGGUUGCCCAAACAGCUGAAGGACAGACCAUUUUAUACCAGCCUGUAAACGCAGAUGGCACAGUUCUGCAGCAGGGCAUGAUCACAAUCCCAGCAGGCACUCUGGCAGGAACUCAAAUCGUCCAGGCAGCAGGCACCACUAACACUUCCACAACCAACAGUGGGCAGGGCACAGUCACCGUUACCCUGCCAGUAUCUGGAAACAUGGUGAACACUGGGGGAAUGGUCAUGAUGGUGCCAGGUGGUGGUGCUAUGCCAGCUAUACAACGAAUCCCUCUGCCAGGAGCCGAGAUGCUUGAAGAGGAGCCCCUGUAUGUUAAUGCCAAGCAAUAUCAUCGCAUCUUAAAAAGACGGCAAGCCCGCGCCAAACUGGAGGCUGAGGGCAAAAUACCUAAAGAGAGAAGGAAAUACCUUCAUGAGUCACGUCACAAACACGCCAUGCAGAGGAAGCGUGGUGAUGGGGGACGGUUCUUCUCGCCUAAAGAGAAAGAAGAAAUGGCCUUGGCCAUGCAGGAGCAACAGGAACAGAACCAGGCAGGAGAUGAGACUGUUGCCCAGAUGAUACGGGUCUCGUAGCACCAGAAGUGUUAAGUGAAGUGACUGUGUAGGCUCAAAAAUUACACCAAUGUGUAUCACCAUCCAGCCUUCAUCAAAAAACUAACUGAUUGAUAGUCCUAAUUCAUCAUGGUCAUGACUGCGUUUCUCUUUUCUUAUGUCUUCUACUAUAAAAAAGAAGGGGCCCAUCUGUUUUCUCUCCAAGGUCUGGUAUUACUCCAGAGGAGAAACAUUAAAAGAGCCAUUACUGUUCACGUAAAGCUUAAUGAAUUCAGCUUGAGGUUUAAAAAGCUAUUUAGCAGAAAAGCAUAAAUUGAGAGGAAGCAGCUACAAACGGCCAAAAGCUCACCAAUGAACCAUGUACAGUGACGUUUCUCAAAGAUGGCAAUAGAACAAACAAGCAUUCUGUCAAUGAAUUGCAUAAAGACCAAUAUGUUUAGUUUGAUUUUAAGUUUCUUGCCAUUAUGGAGAAACCUUUUAAGAUUACAAGUGAGUAGUUACAUUGAAAUGCUAUAGGUAUAUGUUAUACAAGUUCAUGGUAGUGUUGUUCAGUGUAUUGUACAUGUUUGCCAUGGAGAAAAGAGGGUUGGGGAAACAAUGAAAACCAAAAGUGCAGCAUUUUUUGGAAAUAAGUCCUCCUCACCAAGGAAACUCUGGGCGUAUGGGCAUGCUUGUGUCCCAAGCUUUUGUACACUUCGUUCUUAACAUGAAUUAUUUUUACGUAAUUGUUUUGAUAACUGUACAAUUUGAUUUGUAAUUGGAGUGAAGUUUGUGGUAGUGUAUCUAGUGACCUGCUGUUUUAAUAUGUCUUCUUGCCUCAUCUAGUCCUUGUGUGAAAAUGCAGAUAAUAUUGAUUUGUUAUGUUGGACACUUUAAUCUUUUAACAUGUUUUGUUCUAAUUAAAUUGUGUGCGAAAUGCAUCGUUUUUAUCAUCAAGUCUAAUCUGUGAGCACUAGAGUGUUGUAUAAGAUAUGUCCUUUAAUCUACUUUGUUCUAGCUGCAGUAUGAAAGCAGAUAUUUUAAGCCCAUGUCAGGUGAUUCUCAAUAAAAUGUCCUGGUUCUAUAUUAUU